GCACUUGGCGGCGGCUGCUGAUGCGCAACGUCAAGCGGAAGAGGCGGCCGUGGAGGCGGAAGAAGCUGCCGCAGAGGCUGAGGAGCAGAGGGCGAAAGCUUUGAAGGAAUCAUCGGAAGCCUAUGCAGCAGCAAAAGGCGACGCGGCCGCUCGUCUUUCCCAAGCUCAGAGCCAACGCCGGGACACGGAGAAGCAAGUCGCUGAAAACAUUGCGAAUCUCCGUGCUGAGCACUCGCGGAAGGUCCUUGUUGCUACCCGGGCAUCGGAGGAAGCUGCGCAGAACGCGAAGAAGCAUGUGGAAGCCUUGAAGGCAAAGUUCCAUGCCAAUCACACUGAGAUGAAUGCGAAGGUCAAGAAUGCCGAGUGCACCGUGCAUCGAGCAGAGACUGACCUUGAGGAGACCAAGAAAUGGUCGUCAGAAAUCCGCGCCAAGAUGCGCGGUCUUGUAGAGGAGUCACAGCGACAGCUGCAGGAGCAGGAGCUUAGUAGCUGUGAGCAGCUGGAGGCAGAGCAAGCUGCAGCAAAGGAGAGGCUGGAGGCAGCCCAGGUUCUGUGCGAGGAGACCCAAGCCCUGGCUGAGGCGGCAGAGCAGGACAGCCGUGCCCGCCGCGAGGUGGCGCGCGAAGCCUCUGACCGCGCCGCAGGCUCAGCAGAGCGGCGCCGCACUGAGGCUGUGGCUGCGGUGGCAGAGCAGGAGAUUGCCGCCGCAGCAGAGACAGAAGCCAUGGAAGUGGAGGCAGAAGAGAACUUUGAGGCUCUUAGCGUCAAGGUGCGCCGUGCAUGGGCCUCUUGCAAGCAGCAGCAGCUGGAGGCACAUCGGCAGAUGACGGCGGCACAGGAAGCCGCACACCAGGAGGUGAUCCAAAUGACGUCCCGCCUGGAAGAAGUGCGCAAGCUGGCAGAGGCAGCUGAUGUUGAGGCCAAGGAGGCUGCGAAGCGCGAGGCAGAAGCGAGCCAACAGCUGCAGGCUGAGGAGUUCCGAGUCCUGGCAGCGAGGGCCGAGCUCUCAGCUGCAGAGCGUAGCCUGGACUGCUCGGUGGCUCAGUGUGAAGAGCUGGCUGCCGCAGCCGAGCUGGACGCCCAGGAAAAGCUGGAGGCCUUUCAGGAGGUGUGCGAGGAGCGUGCCAGGGAUGACGAGGAGCAGGCCGAGGCUGUUGAGCAGUUGGCAGAAGCUGAAGAGACACGGGCCCUGGCUGCUGAGGAGGCAGCCGUCUUCGAGGACCUGAGCUUCCAGGGAACCUUGGAGAAGGAACGCAGGCGUAUCCAGGACGAGAUCGAUCGAGCACUUCAGAGGACGGUUGAAGUGGAGACCGCAAUCCAGCAGGCCGUGUCCUACAGUGAGAAGAGCACGCGGGAGCUACUCAAAUACAUGGAGAAGGUGGUCCGAUACGCAGGUGAGCCAGUCGAGUCAGUGACAUCCUCACCCAUAGAACAGGACAACCUAUGCUCCCACUGCCACGCAGAGGCUUCUCCAGAUGCCACCUGCUGCAAGAACUGUGGACACAACCUACAGUCGGCGCCUGCCAUCUCCGAUGUGGGCAGCCCCAUGCAUGGCAAGCUGAGGCGGCCGCAGAGGCACCUCAAGGGCAGCCCUAUGCAGCAUAUGAGGAACAUGGGCCCGCCCAAGACCAAGAAGUCCUUGAAGUGGUGA